AUGCAUCUUAAGGAACCAAACCUUAAGAAUCAGUCCUCUGUCACACACUUUCUUCUCUUGGGAUUCUCAGAGAUUCAUGAGUUUCAGGUUCUACUCUUCAUUGUCUUCGUUGUUUACUAUCUGGCAACAUUUGGAGGAAACAUUCUCAUUAUGAUUGCGGUAGCUACUGACGACCACUUACAUAACCCUAUGCACUUCUUCCUGAUGAACUUGGCCAUACAGGAUUUAGGACAAGUUUCUGUCAUUUUCCCCAAAUCCAUGGCAAAUUCCAUCCAGGAUAGUAGACAGAUUUCAUAUGCUGGAUGUGUGGCUCAAGUGCUUUUCUAUGUCUUCUUUCUGACAUCUGACUUCUUUCUUCUCACCGUUAUGGCAUAUGAUCGGUAUGUUGCUAUUUGCAAACCAUUGCAAUAUGAAAUGUUGAUGAACAAGCAAGCCUGCCUUCAAAUGAUUGCUGUUGUCUGGAUUGGAAGCUUUCUUUAUGGAAUACUGCAUACUGCUGGCACCUUUGCAGCCCCCUUUUGCUCCAACAUUAUCAACCAAUUUUUCUGUGAACUCCCACAGUUAUUAAAGCUUACGUGCUCUGACUUGUACCUAAUUGAAGUUGGACUUCUUUUGUUAAGUGCUGUGGUUGAAGUAGGGUGUUUUAUUUUCAUCCUUGUGACUUAUGUGCACAUAUUCAUUGCAGUGCUAAAAAUACCCUCAGUGCAGGGAAGGCAAAGAGCUUUCUCAACUUGCCUUCCCCACCUCCUUGUGUUUUCUAUAUUUGUCUUUACAGUAACUUCUGUUUAUAUCAAGCCCUCCUAUAAUUCCCCAUCACAACUUGAUUUGGCAAUGACUAUAUUAUAUUCCAUGCUUCCUCCUUUAGUGAACCCAAUAAUAUAUAGUUUAAGAAACAAGGAGAUAAAAAAAGCUAUAUCCAAAAUAUUAGGAUUAAGAUACUCUCCUGUGGAUUCUAUUUAA